CCGCCGCCCCCCUGCCGCGCCGCGUGGGCGCGCGGGCGCGCGGGCGCGCGGCGAUGUCACUGCCCCUGACGUUCGCGCAGGCGGAGGGCGCCUCCGCCGUCGGCGGCGAGGCCGGCGGCGGCGCCAGGGGCGUCGGGGCGCGGAGCGCGCGCUGCCAGGCGGGGCCCGGUCGCCCGCCGCCCCGGGGCGGCUCCUCCCUGCUGCGGCGGUGCGCCGCGGCGGCGCUGCUGGUCUCGCAGGCGCUGCCGGCGGGCGCGAAGCCGCGGGAGAAGUUGCCGCAGGUGCCUCGUACCGAGCUCAACCACUCCUGCUCGAGGACCGUGUCACGCGUCGUGCGCAAGCAGCUGGAGUCAGAGGUGCUGAAGCCAGCGAUGAAAGCAGGUUACCUCAACAAGCCCCCCUAG